AUGUGCCGUGAUGUUUUCAUUUUUCUGUGUUCUGCAAACUGUGUUUAUUACUAAGUAAUUUGUACGGAAUGCUCCUUUAUUUGUUUACAAAUACCAUUUCGCGAGUGAUAUGCUUUACCUCUGAUCAAGUGUAAAUUUUGUGAUAAUCAAAAGACUGUAAUCGCAACAAAAAAAAAGUGCUCAAUUAUCAGUAAUUUAUUAAAUUAGGAACUUUAUCAGGUGCCAUAAGUCAGCUCAAUAGUGAUUAACUAGGAAUAAGAAAGUGCAACAACAAUAAUCGACUAUCGCAUUUAAGGGGUAAAUAGAAAUCUACACGAGGCAAACAAUUACACCCGAAGCGUACCUAUCGCGUAGACGAACCUCAAUCAGAUAGAAAUACGAGUCCAAAAUGAGAAUAGUUGGAUCCAGUAUGCUGUCAGCCCUCAAGCGGCUAUCAACGAACCAACCCCCCACCUUGGUCAGUAACAUCCGGUCCCUGAGCUCGUUUGGAACCAUGAGCCUGCCGGAGCGCCAGCCCUUUUCUCCAGACUUCUUCUUCCGUCAACUUUUUGACGGAGAAAGCAGCACCUAUAGUUACCUUCUGGCCGAUCUGAAGAAUGGGCAGGCCGUGAUCAUUGAUCCCGUUUUGGAGCAGGCGAAACGAGAUGCCCAGCUGGUCAAGGAUCUGGGCUUUGAGCUGAAGUAUGCCAUCAACACACACAUGCAUGCGGAUCACAUAACGGGCAGUGGCUGGUUGAGGAAGCUAACUGGGUGUCAAUCUGUGAUUGCUGCCGCCAGUGGAGCCAAGGCGGAUCGCCACCUGAAGGAGGGGGAUCGCAUAGAUUUCGGCACCCAUGUGAUUGAUGCUCUGGCCACUCCGGGACACACAAAUGGCUGCAUGACCUAUGUGAUCAAGGAUCAGGGUUGUGUCUUUACCGGAGAUACUCUCCUGAUCCGAGGCUGUGGACGCACCGAUUUCCAGGAAGGCUGCCCACGUAAUCUCUACGAGAAUGUGCACAGCAAGAUCUUCACUCUCCCGGAGAACUUCCGCAUAUAUCCGGCGCACGACUAUAAAGGUCAAAUGGAAAGCAGUGUGUGGGAGGAGAAGCGUUAUAACCCCAGACUGACUAAGGAUAUUGACGAGUUUGUCAAAAUCAUGGAAAACCUUAAUUUACCAUAUCCCAAGAAAAUAGAUGCCUCGCUGCCCGCCAAUCGAGAGUGCGGAGUGUACGAUAUACCCAAGGAAUAAUUCCAGCCCCUGCAAACACUAUAUACGCAGCUUAUAUAAUAAUGUUUCAAGAGAUUUGUAAUCUUUUAAAUAAAUAAGCAUAAUAAUCUUAUCACGAUCAA